AUGCAGCAUGUGGUGAUCAGUGGUGUUCGAUCAAACACAGCAAAAGUCCUCAGUGAUGUCCCACAAGGCACUGUGUUAGACCCACUCCUGUUCCUUAUCUACAUAAAUGACAUCAUCAGGGUCAUUAAAUACAGUAAUGUAAAAAUUUUCGUGGAUGACUCUAAGCUUGUGAAGGUUGUCAAUAGGAUGGGAGACUGGACAAAUCUUCAAUUGGAUCUAGUUGCUGUUAUCCAAUGGUCACAGAAACAUAACAUGCAACUGAACGAGAAGUUUGAGUUAAUCCACUUUGGUAAAAUGGCUACACUUAAACAACCAUAUAUUCUUCCUUCAGGAGAACGCCUCACACAUCAAACACCGCUAGGGACCGUGGUGUGA